ACAGGGUCAGCCAGGGCCAGGUGGAUCACCAGGGCGACCUGGACCUGGACUGCCUGGACUUCCUGGAGCAGCAGGCACCAUUGGGCUUCCUGGACAAAUUGGGCCUACUGGGCAAAAGGGUGACAUGGGAAGUCCUGGAGCUCCAGGAUUACCCGGACCUCCAGGAAAGCCAGGUCCACCAGGAAAGUUUUUGGGUCUAGAGGAAGGCAGUGCUGACUUCCAGUGUCCAACCAACUGUCCACCUGGGCCGAAAGGUCCUCAGGGCCUACAUGGAGUAAAGGGACAUAAAGGUCGUGCUGGGGUAUUGGGAGAUCCAGGAAGUAUCGGAAAAGUGGGUGUAAAGGGUGAAGUGGGCCCCCCCCAUUACCACAUAAAGGGUCCACAGGGUCUGAGAGGGUAUCCAGGAAUGGUGGGGCCCAAAGGCGAGACGGGACCACGUGGUUAUAAAGGGAUUUCAGGACCGAUCGGCAUCCCUGGACGCCCUGGUGAAGAGGGACCCCAAGGACCACCUGGAGAGCCUGGUGACAAAGGCGACAUGGGAGAGCGUGGAGUACGAGGGCCUCAGGGAGUGGUCGGUAAGAAGGGAGAGAACGGUCUUCCAGGAAUUGAUGGAAAAGAUGGUACUCCUGGCAUCCCAGGAAUAAAGGGAGCUACAGGACAAAAUGGAAGACCUGGAGCCCCUGGUCCUCAGGGAGACGCUGGUUUGCCUGGUAUGCCUGGAGCCAAGGGUCAAAUUGGAGAUAAGGGUGAGACAGGACCCCGAGGCUUGAUGGGAAUGCAAGGUCUUCCAGGACCUCAAGUAUGUCACAUCAUUCAAGGACAUCAUGUCCAACAGGGUGACAGGGGUGAAAGAGGACCAGUUGGGCCUCCUGGUAUUGUUGGCUUGCCUGGCAGUAAGGGAGAGAGGGGACCCAUGGGCGUCCCAGGUGCUCAGGGUCUAACUGGAACUAAGGGUGAAAAGGGAUUCCAAGGCAAAGUGGGAUCAAAGGGAGACGUUGGUGAUCCUGGUGUAGAGGGACUGGCUGGGGAGAAAGGAGAGAAGGGACAAUCUGGCGAGCCCGGACCUAAGGGACAGCAAGGUGUGACUGGUGACCCAGGGCACAACGGCCCUACCGGAGAUCCCGGUAAACCAGGAGACCAGGGUCCUCCAGGCUUACCUGGUCCACGUGGCCUACAUGGAGAAAGAGGAGUUCCAGGGAUGCGAGGAAUACAAGGACCACCUGGUCGUGAUGCUACAGAUCAACACAUCACUGACGUGGUCCUGAAGAUGCUUCAAGAGAAGUUAGCAGCAUUAGCGGUGAGCUCCAAGAGAGCCGUACUGGGUGGAGCAGGUGUGAUGGGACCUCCAGGUCCUCCAGGACCACCUGGACCUCCAGGACCUCAGGGUCCUCAUGGACUGCCAGGCGGCCGUGGCAUUCCUGGCUUAAUUGGGGGCCCAGGCCAGAUAGGAAACACUGGUCUUAAAGGAAAGAGGGGUGCAAAGGGAGAGAGAGGAGAUCCUGGCAGACCACAUCCAGGCCAACCGGGACCGCCUGGACUGCCAGGUCCUCCAGGUCUUGACGGUGUCGCUCGUGACGGUAGGCCAGGCGAGCGAGGACCACAGGGUGCAGCGGGUGAGCCAGGCCGUCCUGGAAAAGCUGGUCAUCCCGGUCUUCCUGGAUUUUGUGAAGCAGCUGCAUGUUUAGCAGCAUCCGCCUACACUUCUCCCAGAUUACAAGAGGCAGGAACAGUAAAGGGCCCAUCCACUUAAAGCAAGGAAGAACAUCUGGGAGAGAAAGAAAUAGUCAGAAAGAAAGAAAGAAAG